AUGGCACCACCAUUGAUACUACCAAAAUUAAUUCUUCUGAUUCUUGUGUUAUGUCUUUUAUUUCAACACAAAAAUCACAACAAGAACACCAAUUCUAACGCCAACACAUUCAACUCCAUCAACAUUGUUCCAAUACAUUCUUUUUCAAGUUUCCCAGUUUCUUUAUCUGCCAUCAACAACAGCCAUGUAUCAGAAUCAUCUUCUUCUGAUUCUUCUUCCAACUUUCUUCUUGAAUAUGAUUUCUACCGUGAUUCAUGUCCUCAUGCUGAGCACAUUGUUCGUUCUACGCUUCACCUGCUUUACAAAACUAAUCCUGCUUUGGUUCCUGCUCUUAUUCGUCUUGUUUUUCAUGAUUGCUUCAUUCAGGGAUGUGAUGCUUCUAUUUUGUUGGAUAAUGAUGAAUACAUUGAUUCAGAGAAAGAUUCCUCCAAUGAUAGCCUCAAAGGAUUUGAUGUAAUCGAGACCAUUAAAGCCAAGCUUGAAGAAGCAUGUCCUGGAGUUGUUUCUUGUGCUGAUAUUCUUGUACUUGCUGCAAGAGAUUCUGUUGUUCUGGCCGGUGGUCCAUUCUAUCCUUUGAAUCCAGGAAGGAGGGAUGGUUCGAACUCUUUUGCUGACAUAGCAACAGAUGAGCUUCCUUCACCCUAUGCAGAUUUAACUCAAACUCGUGCAUCCUUCAAAUCAAGGGGAUUUGAUGAAAGAGAAAUGGUCACUCUCUUAGGUGCCCACAGCAUUGGUGUAAUCCCCUGUAAAUUCUUCGAAAACUGUCUCUAUAACUUCAGUGGAACUAAUGAACCUGACCCUUCUUUGGAUACUCAAUUUCUAAAUGUACUAAGAUCAAAAUGCAAUGAAACUGAUGCAUUAUCCACUUCAGCAUCAGCAUAUUCAUCACAUGCCUCACCUUCUUCCUUAGUUGAAGAGCAACAAGAAAUCACUACGGACUCCGGGGAAUCUCUAUCGAAUUUCGGGACGUUAUACUACCGCAGACUAUUACAAGGUAAAGGAAUCCUCUAUGAAGAUCAGCAGCUGAUGGAAGGGGAAAAAACCAGAUAUUGGGUUCAAUACGCAUCUAAUCGUACUUUGUUCCAUCAAGAUUUUGCCCUUGCAAUGAUGAAACUCUCCGAUCUCCGAGUUUUGACAAAGCCUAUGGGACAGAUUCGGUGCAGUUGUUCAAAAGUUUAG